CGUCAUCACAGGUCCUUUAGGUAGUAGUGUCUGGAAGAUAUAGGUAAGGAAUGAUGUUAUAGUUAAAAGCAUGCCAGCUUGCUUUGUCCACGGAUGUUGGUAUCACUGGAAGAAAGAUGAUGACGUUAUUCUCCAUUCCUUUCCUCAUGAAUUUGAGCUCAUUAAGAACUGGCUUCUCCAGUUGAGCCAGGAGCUCGGUGACAUAGACGAACUGGCUGAGAAAAUCUCAAAUUCCAAAAAAGGCUCCUACAGAAUUUGCUCUAAACACUUUAGACCAGAAGAUUAUGAAGUUAGAGGAAGUUCACGACUACUUAAGAAAACAUCCUUUCCCUCAAUUUUUCCAAAAGCAUUACCAUCUUCACUUAUACGGAGAAGAAAAAAGAAGAAAAAUCCUUUUGCCCACUUCAAUGCAGAUAUCUUUAAUGAAGAGGAGUUGACAUUUGCCCAAAGGCUGAUGUUAAUGCCUGAAAGCUCAUUUUUCUCCACGGGUGAGAACAACUUUUUAACUGAACAUUCUUACUCAUCUGUUCCCCGAGAUGGAUCUUCUUCCACUCAGACUGUUGGCACUAACACUGAAUAUUUCCCAAGUCAAAGGCAUAAAAAUAUCCAAACAUAUCAUCUCAUUCGCAGAAGCAGCAAAAGAAUUCAAGUGUGCAGACACUUGUCACAGCGCAGUUUUGGAAUUCAGUGUAAUAUGGUACCACUACCACCUUUACAAUGUUUUACACGUUCUGGAAAUGAUAACAAAAAAUGCACAAGCCCACCUGCUGAUCCUGUCUAUUUUCCAAUGGAUGAGAAGGAAGACGUGGAAGCCGAUGAUGUGGAAGAAGAGGGUGAUGAUGUGGAGGAGGAUGACGUAGAGGAAGUGGAAGAUAGUGAAAUGAGGAUAAAUUUAGACAUUAGACAUGGCCCAACAGACUUGAGCAAGUCCAGUUUUUAUGGAACCAUCACAGAGGUAAACAACAAUCUGGAAACAGAUUUCAGAGGGUAUCAAAGGGGGUCUACACAGCCAAUGAACUCAUUAGACAGCAAUCACAACUCGUCUCAUCUGCGGGUCAGUCAGCCUAAAGUUACAAAUAUAGGAGCUGAGAACCAUCUACACUUCCUAACGCAGCAACAGAGAAGUGGAAGGUGGCCAUUAUUACCAGAUUCUGGAGUCACAGUGGCAAGUACAGGAUCGAUCCAGGUAAAUCCUCUCCAUACAUUACGUCACAAUCCAGUCUUUCUUUCCUUGAAUGAUCCACUGACGAUGGAAGUAAGGAACAAGAUUAUAGAGAGGAUGUUAGAUGUUAUCCAGGAGAUCACCUUCCUGCUGAGUGGGCAGGGUUAUAUAAUUGUAAAUAAUUCAUCUGGUGAGUAUUUGAGACCCAAAAGUCGCCUUUGUGUGUCAGAGGGAUAUAGCAGUGCCCUGAGCUCCAUCACAGAGCCUUCAACUCAUGCGCAGAUACUUGCAACUAACAAUGACCAGAAGAUCCUAGACCUCACCAACAAGAUCAUUGAGCUGCUGACUGGAGAGAUUCCAGUAAGGUGUCAGGAUGUCGCUGUUUAUUUCUCCAUGGAAGAGUGGGAGUAUUUAGAAGGACAUAAAGAACUGUACAAGGAAGUUUUGAUUGGGACUCAUCAGCCCCUAGCAUUACUGGAUGGAUCAAGGAAGAGAACUAUGCCAGAACUAUUUCCCAGAUCUCAGGAUUGUUCAGAAGAAGAUCAGAAUGUCACAAAAUAUCAUCAGGGUGAAGACUCCAUUGUUGUUAAAGUCGAGAAUGUAGAGGAUGAAGAGACUAUACAUAUGCUUGGAGAUAAGGCGUGUAAGGUUGAGGAAAGUUCUGGAUCUAUCUAUUCAGGUUCCAAUUCAUCUGCAUCCCAGUUAAAUUAUGUUCAUAAAAUGAUCCAAAUUUCAGACCCUUUAAAGAUGGACAGGGAUGACGUAACCACAAGGAUACUGAAUCUCAUACUGAAGAUUAUCCAUCUGCUUACUGGAGAGGAGUAUACAGCAGAAAAAAAAACAUAUGGUGACUUUUUAAGCCCUAGCGGCCAUUCCAGUAUGUCAGUAGGAUGGAACAUGAACCAGAGCCCAAUUACUGUGCAUCCCCCUUAUUCAUUGGUAUUUGAAAGAGACAAUCAGCAGAGGAUCCUUGAGCUGGCCAACAAGAUUGUUCACCUUCUAACUGGAAAGGUUCCUAUAAGAUGUCAGGAUGGUUCUGUUUAUUUCUCCACGAAAGAGUGGCAGUAUUUAGAAGAAUGCAAAGAUCUUUAUAAGGAUGUAAUGAUGGAGACUUAUCAACCCCUUACUUUAACAGAUGGUUCUACUGACAGACCUGCACUAGAGAGAUAUCCCAGUCCUACUUAUUCUCAGGACUUUCAAGAAGAAGAUCACAAUUUCCAAAUGGAUCAUCAGGAACAUGACUUUUUUGUUAUUAAAGUUGAAGAUCUGGAGGAAGAAGGAAUGCACAUUGUGAGUGUUCACCAGUGUAAGGAGGAAGACAUUUCUACAGAUAUUGGCACAGAAUACAUGAGAUAUUCAUGUGCUGAUUGUGGCAAGUUGUUUACUGAUGAAUUACUUCUUGUUGAACAUCAAAAGUCGCACUUGGAGCAGAAGCCAUGUGCAUGUUCAGAAUGUGGCCAGUGUUUUACACUUAAAGAAGACCUUGAGAGGCAUACCAGCAUUCAUAGACACGAGAAGCCAUUUCCAUGUGUGGAGUGUGGGAAAUGCUUUUCUCAGAACUCUGAGCUUGUUGAGCAUCUGAGAAUUCACACAGUGGAAAGGCCGUUUUCAUGUCCAAAAUGUGGGAUAUCAUUUUCUCAGGAGUCAUAUCUUCUUAAACAUCAAAAGGUGCAUACAGAGGAGAAGCCAUUUUCAUGUUCAGAUUGUGGAAAAUCAUUCACUCUUAAAGUUUAUCUUGAGAGUCAUCAGAAAAUGCACACAGUGGAGAAGUCCUUUUCCUGUACAGAAUGUGGGAAAUGUUUUAGUAAGAAAUCUGAUCUUGUUGUACAUCAGAGAUUUCACACAGGGGAAAAGCCAUUUUCAUGUCCAGAAUGUGGGAAAUGCUUUUCGCAGAAAUCUGAUCUAUCUAAACAUCAGAGAUUUCACACAGGCGAGAAGCCAUUUUUAUGUUUAGAUUGUAGGAAACGGUUUUCUCAGAAAUCGGACCUUGUUAAACAUCAGAGAACUCACACAGGAGAGAGACCUUUUUCAUGUACAGAGUGUGGGAAAUGUUUUACCCAGAAAUCAGUUCUUGUUCAGCACCAGAGAAUUCACACAGGAGAGAAACCAUUUUCAUGUUCAGAAUGUGGUAAAUGUUUUACACACAGGUCAAAUUUUGUGAAACAUCAAGUUCUUCACAGACGCUAAAGAGUUAUUAAAAUUAUCACACCUUUAAUUUAUAUAUGUUUGAUCAUGAUGAACAAUAUCUAAUGAAGGAUGGUGAAUUAAGAGGUAAAUAAUUCAAAUAAGGCUCAAUUUCUGCCCUGAAGAACAAGGUCUACUUUAUGCCUGUGGCGUUUUUAGUUUGCACCAAAUUUAUUGAAUUGUUAAGUGUCUAAAUUUCUGAUGUUCUUUUAGAAAAUGGUGAAGGAAGAUUCAUCACAAUGGACUACAAAAUCCCUAUUUGAGACACAAUGCACCACAGGGUUUCACGAUCCGAAUGUUGCAUCACUUUUUAUACAUCUUGGACCUGGCAUACUGUUUGCACCAAAACUGCCUAAGACUGCAACAAAACAAAGCGCUAAAUAGGUGCAGACAAAAAUCUGGUGGAAAAGUUAUCUAAAAAAGUGUAUUGUGUUGCAAAUUAAAGAACAUUUUGGCACAUACACUUUAUACAUUUGGCGCAGCAAUUUGGUGCCACAAAUUCAAAUCAAGACGCAGUGAGAUUAUAUUUCUACCCUAUUGAGUGAUGGAGAUAGCUGCUAGAUGCUACAAUCUGGAGCAUAUAUAAUAACACGAAGGAGAAAGCCUUUACAUUGUAAAAGUAUCAAACAGAUAUAAAGAUUUUUGACUGGAGUGUUCCUUUAAACGUGGGGUCAGCAAUCUACAACACUGCAGCUGUUGUGAAACUACAUCACCCAGCAUCCACUUCUAUGGAAGUCUCAAGAACAGCCAAACAAGUGUUCAUACUGGGAGUCGUAUGUUAAUUAAAGCUGGUGUGUUGUAGGUUGCUGAUUCCUGCUUUAGGCCUCUUUCACACAAGCGUGACGGAUUGGCUCCAGAUGCGUUCAGGGUGCGUUCAGUGAAACUCGCACCAUUUUGCAAGCAAUAUUGCCUCAUUUGCCGGCUGGAUUCAU